AUCUUCUAGGUGAAGACUUUAUAAACAAUGUUCUCAAUGAAAGUUUCGAAAUUAAAUAAGAAACACUUUCAAAUCUUUAGAAGUGUUUCUACCGCCAACGUGAAAGAAUUUUUAGUAUACCGUUGGAGUCCAGAGGGUAAUGAGAAGCCCCGAUUACAAAGUUACCUUGUUAACCUAAAAGAAUGUGGGCCUAUGGUUCUUGACGCUCUUAUAAAAAUUAAAAACGAACAAGAUCCUACUUUGACGUUUAGACGUUCUUGUCGCGAGGGCAUUUGUGGCUCCUGUUCUAUGAAUAUUGGGGGCGCAAAUACUUUAGCCUGUACCUCAAGAAUAAAAGAGGCGGGCAAGCCUACUAAAAUUUAUCCCCUUCCUCAUAUGUACGUAAUAAAGGACUUGGUCACUGACAUGAGCAACUUUUACAAGCAGUACGCCUCGAUUCAGCCGUACUUGCAAAAGUCUGCUCCGCUUCAGAAAACCGAGACACCACAAAGCGUCGAGAAUCGGAAAAAACUAGAUGGAUUAUAUGAGUGCAUUCUUUGUGCUUGCUGCAGCACGUCCUGUCCCAGCUAUUGGUGGAAUCCGGAUAAGUAUCUCGGCCCGGCCACUCUGCUGCAAGCCUACCGCUGGAUUAUCGACAGCAGAGACGAGAAACAAAAGGAGCGCCUGAAGAAGCUGGAGGACACCUUUUCCUUAUAUAGGUGUCAUACUAUAAUGAAUUGCGCCAAAACUUGUCCUAAGGGGCUCAAUCCAGGGAAGGCAAUUGCAGAAAUCAAAAAGCUAAUGGUUUCGGAUAAGUCAGCUUCAGCUUUUUAGUCCUUAAGCCUUUCUAUGGUACAACCACCCAAUAACUUAGCAAAGCCUUUCACCGCAGCCGCAAAAUAAAGAAGUACGUCAAGUCUUUUCGGCCUUAAGUUAUAAUUGUAUAC